CCUGCCAGUCAGUCAGUCAGUCAAGUGUUUGAGAGUGAGUGUGUGCGUGUGUGUGCUACAACUACAACUACAAACACAGUACGGCAACGUCAACAACACGCAAUUGCUGUGAGUGCGACGGAGACAGCAACAGCGUGAGUCAUAAAAGUGAAAUGAAAAUGCGGAUAAAACGAGAAGCGCCGUGCCUGCUGUUAUUUAUGCCAAUUCAAAAUAACAACAAUAAUAACAACAGCGCUCGCAUUGGUGCUAACCAUAAGGACUAUCCCAAUAACAAUAAACGGUCCAGGGAAAAUCUGGCAUGUGAUGAGCAACAGCAGCCGACGUCACAAGCAGCGAUGAUGAACGCUGGCAACACUGGCGGUGGCCGAACGCCGCCGCUCAUGCGCAGCUGCUCCAGUCCGGCGGUAUACGAUAUUGAAACACAUCCUGCCUCGCCAGUAUUCCCACAUCUAUUGCUGGGCAAUGGCCGCGACGCCAAUGAUCCCAGCAGCGUGGGCGCCAACUGUGUGCUAAACGUUACCUGCCAAAGUCCCAGCGAGAGCCAUUUACAGGGUCUCAAGUAUAUGCAAAUACCUGCCAGUGAUACGCCACAUCAAAAUAUUAAACAAUAUUUUCAGGAAGCAUUCGAUUUUAUAGAGGAUGCACGUAAAACUGGUUCCCGCGUCUUGUUGCACUGUCAUGCGGGCAUCUCGCGCAGCGCCACCAUCGCCAUUGCGUAUGUGAUGCGCUACAAGUCGCUGUCGCUGCUGGAGGCCUACAAGCUGGUGAAAGUGGCACGGCCAAUCAUUUCGCCCAAUCUGAACUUCAUGGGGCAGCUGCUCGAGCUGGAGCAGAGUCUGCGCAAGAGCGGCGUGCUGGCGCCGCUGCCAGUGUCGCCCAUCACGCCCAGUCAGCCACACACCACAACCUCUAGUCAACUUGUGGAGCAGCCCGAACAGGAGCAGGCCGCAGAACAGCAGCUGCAGCAGCAACAGCAGCAGCAACGACACACACGCAAAUCCAAGUCAGAUAGUGAGGCUAUGGACGAGGAUGUCUAUGAUUAUGAUGAUGUGGACAGCGGUGCCAGCAGCUUCGCCGGCAGCAAUUGCUCCUCGCGGCUCACCUCGCCGCCCAUAACGCCAGACGAGACGCCUUGCACCUCGGCAGCGGCAACAGUCUCCGAACUGGACUCACCCUGCUCCAACAGCAGCAGCGGCAUUGGUCUCUGCUCUGCCAGCUCCAGCUGCAGCUACAUGCUCAGCAGUGAGGCGUCCGCACCUGCGCCGGUCUCGCCCACAUUGCUGUCGCCAACGAGGCCGCUGGGUGGCUUCAAGCGUAACUCACCCGCCAAGCUGAGGCUCAACCUGGAGUCGAGCUAUACAAACAUACCAAAAUCCAUAUCCUGCAUAUCCAUACACAAUGCCAGUUUGCGCAGUCCGCUGCAGCGGGAAGCGCCAGCCACGCCCAGCUGCGAGGCAGCGCCUGCGACGCCCACGCUCGAGAGCAGCAGCAACAAUAACAAUUUGGUGGCGGCCAGCUCGAGUGAUUGAAUGGAAAGCUUUGCCACCUACAGCUGUGAAUAAACUUAAACUCUUAUGUGUACAUAUGUAUAAUUAAUGCAACAAUUGUAUUUAACGCAUAUAAACAAAAGGAUUAAGAGCAUAGAGAAGAGAGAAGAAAGAGAGAGAGAGAGAAAAACAGUCACUAUCCAAUUCAACGAGAUCAUAGAGCGUGUGUAUAUUUUGUACCUAAAAGAUGUUUUCACAACAACUCAGAAAAACCAACUAGCGGGCUAACAGAAAUGAAUGAAUAUUUUAAUAUUGCCCAUGUGUAAUAAAAAUAUUAUAACUUUUUGUAUGUAGUUUAGACACCAAGUAAUUGAAAAAUGCAAAACAAAACAACAAAAAAAUCAAACUAUAAUCCAAAAGUAUGCGUUUAAGAAAUAUUGCAACAGAUCUAAAGUUGUUUGAAAACCUCGUAAUGUUUUAUUUAGCAUAAUUUAAGUUGUAAGCCAAUCUUAACUAUAUAUCGUAAGCAAGCAAAUAUAAUAAUCGUAUAUUACAAUUACUAUGAAAUUUCAAAUAGUUUUGCUACCUUGCCACACACUCACACACACACAUACACUGCAUUAGCAUCCUAAAAACAGAAAAUACUUUUAACAAAACUGUUGUAAGUUUUAUGUUACUGUACUCCUCCCCCCUCUGCCUGCCCCCGCCAUCAACACUAGACACACACACAGUGCACUAUACACAUUUAUUGUAUAUUUUCAUUUCUUUAAAGUGAGCCCAAGCAGCAUUGUUUGAUUUUGUGUUUGUGUUUUUUUAGUUUUAGCUAUUUAUAAACGAAUGUUUUGAGAGUUGUAUGCAAACCGAAAUUCAUAUGUUCGUUAGCUUUUAAGUCUUGUAAGUUUAAGGCUCAACACCCAAAAAGUGUAACACGUGCGUUAAGUAAAGAGAAAACAAUAAUAGUAACCAAA